ACCUUUUUGAAGUAAGAGAAAAAUUUUAAAACAUAUAUAAAUGUAAUGGCUUCUUUUUAUUUUACUUCAUAUAGUAUUGAUACGUGCUUACACAAUGAAUUAUUAUCCAUACAUUAUUGAUUCGAGGGAAAGCCUCAAUCGCAACAAGAGAAGAAAUUCUGAAACUUCUGCUGAACACAAUGCUGCUUACAAUAACUUAUCGAACGCCGAAAUUGCAAACUCUUCAUCUUCUCCUCCUUCUAGAGGUAUAUACUCUUCUACUGAAGGUGAAGAUAAAAGAGACAAUCGCGAAUCCUCUGAAGAGAGACGAUGGUGGAAAUUCAAAAUUAACAAGGAUGAAAGGCUAAGAAAAUUAAAAGAAAAUAGAGAAUUUGAAAAAAACCGAAGAAGGAAGUCAAUGGAAGACAUCGGUUUUUACUUUUACUAAAGAAAGUUGAUAUUUCCUUCUGCUUGAGUACAGAAUCUGCUCAUUAUAUGUUUGUCUAUUGGAUACUUUUGAAAAUUGAAAUGCUGCACUAUGAAAACCAAUCAAUAAAUUACGGAAUCGAUUCUUUUUAGUUUAUACCUAUUUAUUGUCUUUAUUUAUUUAUUUUCUUUUUGUGUAUUUCAAUAUGUGUCUAUUAUAUACUCGUUCAUUCGUUGAGGAAAUGAACCCCUGGAAUUACAAUUUUAAAUACGCAAAGCGAGAGAAUGAUUUAUGAAACAAAAAAGUUUUGUCACAUACAAAGAAACAAGUUGCUUUUAAUAUUAUAAAGUUAUAUCAACCAUGAUUCUACAGUUUGAAACCUUCAGACUGGAAGAUACGCUUGGUUCGGCUAAAUAUAUUUCCUUAUCCUACCUAACUAUUCAUGGACGAUACUACUAGCGGUACAUGUGGCACAACAGAAUAUAAUCCAAGUAAAUAACAGUAUCAAACACAAUGGAAUACGAGAACCUACUCCACUGUAUUUCUACUCAUUUUUUGGCUUACAAUACAGGUUAAAUUCCUUUAUUGUAUGAUCCGGCAACAUAAAUGAUUACAAAACUAACAUUGCCCUAACAACUACUUAACGCGUUACUAUUAUCUUACCUUGCUUUUAGUAGCCAAAGAAGUAGUGGUCUCGCAACUUCUUCCUCGGAUUCGUCAAAGGUUAUUUCAUCCACAAACUUCCUUACGAUCACCAACCACCAGGGUCAAGAGAUAAAACUAAAAAACAGAAAAAGAAAAAUAUCGCCCAAAAAGAUUUUUAACCCUUUUAUUCGUUUAAGAAAUUAAACUAAAAAAAAUAACUGGACAAACAAGGAGUUAAGGAUAAGGGAUGAACAUAAUGUCCUUUCAUGCAUUUUGCAAGACGGAAUCAUCUUCGUUUUCCUUUAUAUAAACUUUUCUUUUGCUUAAAAGUUCUUUGCAAGUGAAAUGACAUUCCCAAAUGCGAGAGUUUUUGUUGGUAAGCAAGGCUUAUUCUUUUUCAUUUGGUGUACGUUGUUUUCGUCAAUGAAAGAAGAACUCCAGUAUUCUGACCUACUAAAUCCAAGGUUAGUUUCCGAUGGAUAGAUGCUGAUAAGAAACAUCCUAAAUAUAACUCUGCUUCUGAUUUCGAAAGAUUAGAUGGACGAAAAGCCUUCACUUACUUUCCAGCGAAAGAAUGGGUAUUAGCGUUUGAUAAAAGCAAAGUUUUGGAACAAUUAUGAACAGUAAUGAGAUAAAGGGUACAUUCCGUUUUCUAUGAUUAUCAACGAGAUACUUUGACUGGCGGUUUUCUUAUUAAGGGUGGUUCCGUUCUAAAUUUUACUAUUUCAUCUAAUCUAACUCAUCCUAAGUAAUCGUUUGAGUGUAAGGAACAAAGUCAAGGAGCUUUUUGCUUUGCUUCAAGACGCUGUCAAAAUACCGAACGCCUUAUUAAGCGUCUGCUACUUUUGGAUCAAAUUGGAGUCUCCAAAGUGUUCAACAUUUUAAAAAAAAUAAAUAAAGUUGGUGUUUUUAUGGAAGGUACCUUCCAUGCAUUCGAAAUAAACAAAAUGGCUUAUUUCUGGUUUCAUCGGAUUUAACUACCGAAAUCAAUGCUUCUAAGUGCCUCGUCCACAUUAUAUCUAUGAUAACGAUGUUAUCCUAGGCUAUAUUUACUGGAAUACUUACCGAAAAGUCAUUUGUUUGCAUCUCGGCACAACUUUUGGAGCUCCCUUUGUAAACCAGCUCUUGUAAUUCACCUAACAAAUCAAACAAAUGGGGCUUUACGCCGUUACCCGUCUUCUCGUUGGUAUACAAGAAACUCAACCUUCUGCAGAUAGGAUGUGAGCCUUCCAACAUUCGAAUUUUGGUUUCAGUCUAUACUCGGAAUUUGGAGAAACCAUAGAAACCCACGAAUUUACAGCCGAGACGAGCUUCUCUAGGUUGGAGAUUGAUUCUUAUGAGUAUAGAAUUUUUUUUUUUUCUACAAUCCAGACCUGUCAACCACAUCCCUAGACAUUAGCACUCUUCUGGUUCCAUCGACCAAUUGAAGAAAUACGAUCCUACAACUGUAGUCUUAAUUUCCACUCGAUAACACUGUCAUAAACCGUGAGAGGUACUAGUGUAACACCUACAAACCAUGACAGUUUGAUGAUUUUAAUCUAUUAUCUUCAUCAAAGAAUAAUAGAACAUAACCGAAUGAUGAAUGUUACGGCUACGAGACAAAUAAUAUUAUAUACUCAUGGAAUCAACUGCGGUCAAUGUUAUUAUUACCAAGAUCACUACGAAUGAGGUGAAUGUUCAUGGCUACAUCAAUAGUGUUGACGUAAGUCAACCAUCGUGUCUCCUCUCUCUCUUUUAUUUACGAAUUUAUAAAAACAAGCCACACAUCGGAAGUUCCUCAUGAAAGAUUUGUUGCGUUUUGAAAAUGCUGUUGCAGUAUGUUACUAAGGGCAAGGAGAACGGUUUUGAAAAAAGUAAAACCGCAAGAACCCAGACAAGUUAGAAUUAAGCCUAAAGAAGUUUAAGUGAAACUCAAGGCUGCUUCCCUCAAUUAUAGGGACCUGACAAUAGCAAAGGCAGAAUAUCCUCAAGGUUAUAAGAUACCAGCGGUCCCUGGAUCCGAUGGUGUAGGCGUUAUUGAAAAAGUUGGUCAAGACGUCAAAGGAUUUAAGCCUGGCGAUACCAUGAUCUGUAAUUUCUUCGCCAAUUAUAUAGACGUAACACCCACUAAGGAUGCGGUACUGAGACCGCUGUCCGUCAAAUUGGUGUCUUCCCUGUCCAUGCUCUGGUUCAUUCCCUAAAUAUAUAAGUUAUGAAGAGGCAUCCAUUUUACCUUGUGAUGCCUUGACCGCAUGGAACGCCUUGUUUGGUGUCAGGGACCAUUAAUUGAAACCUAGUCAAAACGUCCUGAUCCAGGGUACUGGCGGUGUCUCUACCUUUCCUCUCCAAUCGCCGUGGCUACUGGUGCUCAUGCCACAGUCAUCUUUUCUUCGGAUGAAAAGCUGCAAUUUGUCAAGAAGUUGGGUGCUAGCCACUUGAUCAACUAUAAAACGAACCCCGACCGAAUGGUCCAAGCCAGCUAUGGAAGCUACCAACAGUGUUGGUUAUCACCAGGUCGUCGAAGUUGGUGGUGAAAACACAUUUCCUCAAUCUUUGGAGGUCUCGGCUUUAGGUGAAAUCGUUAGCUCUAUUGGUUUUGUUACUCAACAAGGUACCAGCUCUACUGUCACUGCGUUGAUCUCCUAAAUUCUCAACAAGAAUGCUAACGUUCGUGGUGUCGUUAUUAGUUCUGUAAAAAUGUUUGCAGACAUGAUUGCUUGUAUUGAGGCUAAUGAUAUUCACCCUGUCGUUGACAAGCUUAACGAAGCUUAUAACUACCAAUGAAGUCAACAACACGUCGGUAAGGUUGUUCUCAAGAUUGACUCUCCUAAGUGUGACUAUAAAGAAGAAAUGAUAUGUAAAUAACAAAAUAAAAUUCACUGAAGUAAUUUGAUAUGUUCAAACAUAACUUUUGAGGAAGCAGAGUUUAAUCAUCCAGGUAAGACUAAUAGAAAUGAGCGACAAAAUGAAAAUUAAAUAUAUAAAGAAAAU